UCAAUCGUGAAAUAAAUUAUAAGUUGAUUAAUCUUACCCGAAAUUGUUAAUUACCAAGCAAAACUAAUACCAUUCCAUUGUGCAUAUGUUGAGUAAGCUGCAGGGUAAAUGAUUAUAUCCAGCUCCUGCGGGACAACCGCCUUGGGCUGGGCGGGCAACCAAUGGAAACGAAGGGAAAGUAAAAGCACCAAAAGCACUAUUGGAUCCAGGGAGGUCGUGCUAGAAUCGUAUACGGCGGACAUGGCUCGAGUAUCCAUUUGAAAAUGUUCGAAAUGAAAAACAACAGCAGCAGUAGGCGUGGAGUUUGCUGGCAGCUGAGACAGACAUUUGACGUUUGUAGCAAAUACAAUUUGGAAUUCACACACUGAACGGGACACACAAAAAUAUAUUCACCAGUUUCUGUAGUCAAUUCAAUUACAUGUUUUUUUAUUGGUAAAUUUGAAGCCCUACGUGCAAGCCACAGCCUGCAGGCGAGUCGCGGCAUCGACUGUAUCAAGAAACGAAUUAUAUUUUAUAUUCCAAGACAACUGCUACUGAGAAAUUGAAAGAUGCGUUUGGCCCGCAAGUGAAUCCAAAAGUCAAUCAAGCCGAUUGCCCGCGUUCGCUGUCUGAGGAGCAAAAGCCAGCGAAGCGACACAAAAACAUCGCAGCAGCAGCAGCAGCAACAUUCCUGAACAUUAGUUCAAAUGGCAACCAAAACGGAGGUUUUAUCCAACUAUGAACUGGAUACAAGCGUGACGGAAAUCUUCGAUGUGCGAAAGGCAUUGGGCAAGGGCGCCUAUGGCAUUGUGUGGAAAGCGGUUGACAGGCGGAAAAAGGAUACAGUGGCGCUGAAGAAGAUCUUCGAUGCAUUUCGAGACACAACCGAUGCUCAGCGCACCUAUCGGGAGGUUAUCUUCCUGCGCGCCUUUCGCCACCAUCCGAAUAUCAUUCGCCUUUUGGGCAUCUACAGGGCCACCAACAAUAUGGACUUUUAUUUGGUGUUUGAGCACAUGGAGAGCGACUUGCAUAUAGUCAUCAGGAAGGGCGACAUUCUGAAGGAUAUCCAUCGGCAGUUUGUCAUGUAUCAGCUGGUGAAUGCCAUGAAGUAUGUGCACUCGGGCAAUGUCAUCCACAGAGACCUGAAGCCCAGCAACAUCCUAAUUGACAGCAAGUGCAGACUAAAGGUUGGGGACUUUGGAUUGGCUCGCACGAUAGUGGCAAAGCCCAGCAACAGCAGCAGCAACAGCAGCAACAGCAGCAGCAACAGCAGCAGAGGCGAUGGCGACAGUGACGCCAAUGGCAACCGGGAGACAACCGAGAAUGACGGCGUGAUGUCGGACUACGUUGCCACGCGCUGGUAUCGUGCCCCCGAGAUACUCGUGGGCUGUCGCAAGUACACCAAGGCCGUGGAUAUGUGGAGCUUGGGCUGUGUCCUGGGCGAGAUGAUAACAAAACAGGCCAUAUUUCAAGGCACCAGCACCCUCAAUCAGAUGGAGAAAAUAUUGUCUGCCGUGCCGUAUGUGACACAGCGCGAUAUCGACCACAUUGGCACGAGAUUCGGGACAUCGCUGCUCAGCAGAACAAUUCGCCGCGAUUACCAGCACUCGCUGAAUGCCAUGUUUCGGGGCAGUAGCUCCAAUGAAAUUGACUUUGCCACUUCCCUGCUGAUGCUCGAUCCCAAGGAUCGAUUGUCGGCCCACAAGGCGCUGAAGCAUCCAUUUGUCAGCUCCUUUCGUUGCCCCUCGGCAGAGCUGGAAAUGCGUUUGAAUGUGAAGCCGCCGCUGCGCGAUGAUUUCCGCUUUGAGUUGAACGACUAUCGCAACAGUCUGUACUCGAUGAUAUCCACGGAGUUGACAACCUCACAUCGCAGCAGCCGUUCCAAUCAUUCCAGUGCUAGACGCGAUCUGCCCAUCGGUGUGCGCAUCAGUUCCGAGACCACUCUGCGUAAGAAGAGCGAACUGGAGCCAAAUGCACUCGCGCUGAACAGUCCACGAAUCAUUCAAGGAAACAUGUUCAUGGAUCCCCCGCUGCAGAAGCAUUCCCACUCCCACACCCGCACCCAAGAGAAGAUUCGGACGCAGACACAGACGCUGGACCAGAAGCACAAUCCUCAGCAUGGUGGAAGUAGGCGGCAGCCCCGCUCACCGCCAACCCUACCAAUCCCGAAAGCAGAAGGAGUGCGAACCUCGCACAAGGGCCAUCGAACGCAUUCGCGUGUAACGCCAAAACUCGAGUGGGGCGAACGCCCAGUGGCGGUGACGACGCCUCGGAUGGCAGCACAGGCGCAGCUAAAGGAUAGGAUUGAACGUCCAGUGGCCGUAACGACGCCACGGAUAGCAGCACAGGCACAGUUAAAGGAAAGAAUCGAAGCGCACGCACGAGCCUUUCUCGAGGGACGCAACGCGGCCAACAAGAAGACGCAAGGCAUCGAGCUGGGUCCAAGUCCAACUGACUGGGUGGACCAGUUGAAUCCCACAAUCAUCCCUGAAACUCUGGAGGCAAAAAAGGCUCGGGCCAAGGAGCGUAGCUCUAAGCAAAAGGCCAAAGCGGAGGCCAAAGCGGCGGCCAAGGCGCAGGCCAAAGCGGAGGCCAAAGCGGAGGCUAAAGCGGAGGCUAAAGCGGAGACCAAAGCGGAGGCUAAAGCGGAGACCAAAGCGGAGGCCAAAGCGGUGGCCAAAGCGCUGGCCAAAGCGGUGGCCAAAGCGAAAGCCAAAGCGGAGGCCAAAGCGGUGCCAGCCAUUGCCACGCAGGAACCCAUAAUCCAGAAGGAACCGCAACGCGUAGAGGAACCGGUGCGGAACCAAUUCCAGAGCCAGAACCAGAUACAGCAAAGAGUGAUGAAGCGUGAGGAAGAGUUGCUGAAUGCCAACAGUCGCUCGGAGGCCAAAGCGGACCCGAAAAUUGUUCCAGCCAUUGCCACGCUGAAGCCCAUCAUGCAGAAGGAAUCGCAAUGCGUAAAGGAACCGGUGCAGAACCAGAACCAGAACCAGAUACAGAAGAAAGGGACGAAUCGUGAGGAAGAGCUGCUGGAUGCAAAAAGGCGCUCGGACGAGACACAGCCCAGAGCUCAGAAGAGCCUCCUGCUGGAGGCAUUGCUGCGACAGAAGCAGCGCCAAAUGACAUCGCAGUCUGUCGAACUGGAUGCCAAAGUGCACGCGAAUGUGGACACGCUCCAGGCCCAGCGGCAGAAUAUGCAAAAGAAGAUUAUCAAGUAUGCGGCCGAUACUGGGCUGACAUUCAUCACGGACACUUCCAAGCUCAACGCCUGGGAUGACUCUGACGACUCGUCGUCGACUAGUUCCCAUUCGUCAGACUCUAAGCAUUAUUUUACACGACAACUACGCAAGUCCUUGGUGCCAAAGCCGCUACCUUUUAAGCAAUUUAAAUGCCAUCCCUACACAAAUCAUCAAGGAAACCGGGUUACGGAUCUCCACGAAUCAACGCCCCCGCCCAACACGCUCAAGAAGCAGCAACAGCACCAUUCGGAUGAUGUCUUUGAUGAAUCGGAAAGAAAAUAACAGGUGGACAAUGCGAAAGAUUUAUUGGCGUAUAAGUACUGGAAGAGCCAUGGCAAAUCGUUCAACGAACUGGAAAACACUAGAACUACACCGGGCAAACAG